AUGGCUGACGAAGCUCCUUCUCCCCCAUAUCCUCCCCCACCGUAUGCGGCGGUACAGCAACCGCAGAUGCCGCUACAUGUUCAUGGACCCGGAAGGGUGUACGUGACGAAUCGGCGCGCACUACUCCAUCACGUACAUCUGCGUCACCCAGAAGUGUCAAGGGAGGAGCUUGACAGAGAAGUAGAGACCAGGCGGAGAUGGUGGGCGAGAUCGAUCGCGCCUCUCCAGUUGUUUGGCGUAAUUUACCCGCCUUAUGCGAACGACUUUGAAGACUUCUUCCUGGAUUGCCAGAUGUGGCAUAAGUACAUUUGCGUUGACGACUCGGGCUGCACUUCUGAGGAGCUUAGCCGCCGGUUGGUCGCCUUUGAGAACGAAAACCGGUACCUGUCGAGGAGAAUAGAGAGGAUGCACAAGGAAAUCGAGGGGCACGAACAGGCCUUGGCUGAGAAGAAUGCGAUUGCGACCGCAUACAACGACGUGAUCAAGGGCCUGAAGGAAGAGGUCAAGCAAGCCGAAAUUGCCAGGGAAGUCACGGAGCAGACGAUGACGAGCAGGGUGUCUGCUUUGGAAGCCGAGCUGAGGCAGGCCAAGAAGGAAAGUGCCGCCCGGCUAGAGGCGGAAAUUGCGCAUCAGCAGGCUCUAGCAACUGAACUGAAGAAGUUCAAAGACAACAGUGCUGCGGAGAAAGCCAAACUCUCCAACAAGAUCACGAACCUAAAGGCGCAGAACGAUUCACUGCAAGAGCAAGUUGAGCAACUGCUCAACAAGAAAGUCAAAGAGCAGGGGCAGGGUACAACGCCCAUCUUCAAAUUUGCAUCAAUCGACGAGACCCUCGCCAAAGUCGAGGCCCAAAGCACGCAAGUGCACAAGAUCAAGGACAAGGAGAUGGAAGAGGAGAUUCACGACGAAAGCAAGGCCGCCGCCGAAAAAAGCUCUGCAUCCGACAAGAUGACAUAUGCCGAGCUCGAACUUGAGUGUCGUCGGCUGAGCGACCUUGUUGCUCGCCGUAACUUGGAGACGGGUCAGCUCCACGUCAAAACCCAAAACCUUGCGCGUCGCACCAGAGAAGUUGAGAAGAAGGAGCGGGAGUUGGAAGCCAAGGAAGAGGGCAUGAAGAAGGGCCUCGCGGCCAUACUUACCAAGGCCAAGCACGUGGGUCGCGUGGGAAAAGUGGUUUGUAAACUGGUUAAGGAGGGCAGUGUCCCGGCGUCGAGCGACUUGCUCGCGGAGAUGCUGGCUGAUUUGAAGGGAGUUGUGAGGAAGUUCGAGGAGGAUGUGGGUGGCCAGGGCUCUAACGCGGGAGCGGGAUCUGGUGGACAGCCGUUGGAGGAUGCUUAUAAU